AUGCCGUCCCUCCUGCUGUGGCUCCUCGUCCUGGCCGUGCCCGCGGCCGCCCUGGCUUGGUCCCGGCCGCUGUGGUACCAGGUGGGCCUGGACCUGCAGCCCUGGGGGUGCCAGCCGAGCAGCCUGGACGGCUGCGGGGUCAGCCUGGGGUGCCCUGGCCACUGGCUGGGCCUGGGCUCGAACCCCGUCUACUCGGUGGCGGGCGUCACGCUCACCAGCGCUGUGGUGCUUGUGGUGGGCCGCAAGGUGCUGCGCCGGCGGGGCGCGCCCGGCACACAGAGCGAGCUCCUGCAGGUGACGGCUCAGCCCCCCAGGCCCUCCAAGCGGCAGCCCCCGGCCUCCGACCACGCCCUGCUGCUCACCGUCCUGCACAUGCUGGACGCCCUCCUGGCCCAGAUCCAGGGCCACCUGCAGCGCCUCGCCACGCAGCAGCCCCGGGCAAUAAAGGGCACUGCCACCCCGAGCGGGUGA